AUGGCUCGUACCAAGCAAACGGCUCGCAAGUCAACAGGAGGCAAAGCCCCAAGAAAGCAGCUCGCAACAAAAGCUGCUCGCAAAAGCGCUCCAGCCACCGGUGGAGUAAAAAAGCCUCAUCGCUACAGGCCAGGAACAGUAGCUCUUCGGGAAAUCCGUCGUUACCAGAAAUCAACUGAGCUGCUCAUCCGCAAACUGCCCUUCCAGCGUCUGGUUCGUGAAAUCGCUCAAGACUUCAAAACCGAUCUACGCUUUCAGUCAUCGGCAGUCAUGGCUCUGCAGGAAGCAGCAGAAGCUUACCUUGUUGGUCUCUUCGAAGACACUAACUUGUGCGCCAUUCACGCCAAGAGGGUGACCAUCAUGCCCAAGGACAUUCAACUGGCCCGUAGAAUCCGUGGUGAGAGAGCAUAA